AUGUCCGACCCGCUCCCAAAACUAAUCACCCUAGAAGAACACUUCGUCGCAAAAGACCUCUUCACAGAACUCUCCGACAUAUACUCAGAACAACUCAAACACCUCCCCGAGGUCUCAUCCCGCCUCCAAGACGUCGGGCCCCUCCGCCUCGCCAACAUGGACGAAACCCGCAUCAGCCUGCAAAUCGUAUCCCACGCGCCCGGCCUCGGCCCCCGCGCCCCGCACCUAAGCCGCCUCGCAAACGACCACCUCGCGGCCGCCGUCCGCGCCAACGCCACCCGCUUCGCAGGGUUCGCCGCGCUACCGAUGGCCGAACCGGACGCCGCGGCGACGGAACUGCGGCGCUGUGUCCGGGAGCUGGGGUUCGUUGGCGCGUUGGUGGACGCGCAUGUCGACGGACAGCACUACGACGACAGACGCUUCUGGCCCGUCUUCAAGGCGGCGGCGGACCUCGACGUGCCGGUGUACUUACACCCUACUUACCCCUCCGAGAGCCAGCGGCCCGCGUACGAGGGGAACUUUGACCCCGGCGCGGCGCGGAGUAUGGGAUCCAGCGGGUUCGGGUGGCACUCUGAAACGGGACUCGCCGUGCUCAAGCUCUUCGCCGCGGGACUCUUCGACGAGUACCCUUCCCUGAAAAUCAUCAUUGGGCAUUUCGGAGAGAUGUUACCCUUCAUGAUGGAGCGCGUGGAAAAGCUCUCGGUUCGGUGGGGUCCGCGGCGGCGCGGGUGGCGGGAGGUGUGGGAGGGCAACGUGUGGGUUACCACGAGCGGGGUGUGGGGUCUCGCGCCGCUGGCGUGCGUGUUGAGGAACACGCCCGUGGAACAUAUUUUGUAUAGCGUCGAUUACCCGUUUGAGAAGAACGAGAACGGGCUCGCGUGGGUGAGGGAGUUGAGAGAUAGUGGGAUGGUGACGGGGGAGCAGCUUGAGAUGAUUGCGUUCCGGAAUGCUGAGAGGUUGCUGAGGGUUGAGGCGCCGUGA